AUGUCGUCUUCCGGUGACUACCAGGUUGCUGCUUGCGCGGCUGGCUUCAGCAUUGGAUUCGGGUUCUUGACAACGACCAGAGCCAUUCGUCAGACAAAGGCCAACCGAAAUCCAUGGAAGUCUGCAUACAUAUACAUGGUCUGGGGUGAGAUUAUAGCCAAUCUUGCCCUUGGUAUACUGUGCUGGCUCUGGUUGAAAGACACCGUCCACAAUGGACCUGCCCUUCUCUUUUUCAUUCUCUUCUUCUAUGUUUUUGAGGUUCAAUUCCUCAUGCAAAUCAUCAUCAACCGAAUCUCGAUCAUUUCCGAGCGCAAGGCGACAGCACAGCGCUUGAAGAUCGGUACUGCUGUAGUCAUCUCGAUCAUCAAUAUUGCUGUGUUCUGCAUCUUCAUUCCUUCACAUCUCACACCGCCACCCAGCAUGGUCUUUGUGCACAUCAAUAAGUACUGGGACCGUGCAAGUAAGAUCCUGAUCAUGCUUGUAGACGCCUUCUUGAACGCGUACUUCAUUUACGUCGUCAAGGCCAGAUUGGUUCAGCAGCACGGUCUUCGAAAAUACAAGCCACUAGUUGCUUACUACACUCGUUUGGGAGUUAUCUCUGUCUGCAUGGAUCUUAUGCUCAUUGGUCUCAUGUCUCUUCCUAACGGCAUUGUGUUUGUGCAAUUCCAUCCUGUCGCAUAUAUGGUCAAGCUCAACAUUGAGAUAAGUAUGGCGGACAUGAUCGUCAAGGUUGCACGAUCCAACGAGCAGGACAUGAACUUCCACUCUUCAUCUCAAGGCACGCCAUACCCUGGGACGCCCAAUCCCCAGAAAUCACACCAUACCUUCAGUGACGACCGAGACGAACGCCAUGGAGUCUUGAAACAUGUGACGAACACUGCCUUUGCCGGACAUACCCGAGGUGACGAGGAUCUCCGAGAAGACAUCCACGGCAUCAAACGUCAAACAGAAGUCCAAGUUUAUGUGGGCGAUUCGGAUACUGAGGAUCGCUCGAUCGAUCUUGAGCAAGGCAAACCGACAACACGGGACUUCACUCGCGAUCGCGACGGCUUUGCUGUGAACAACCGUGAGAGCCAUCAUUCAAAUGAGUCACAGAUACCCAUGCACGAUCUGGGAAGUCCUAUUGGCCGCGCGACAUGA